GAGGAUAAAGCAAGAUGGCGUCUGACGGUGAAGACGUUAUUGCAGUCGUCACAGUUCAGUGUUCUUAAUCUGUGCCUCCAUGUACACAUAUAUGUCCUUUAUUACACUCUAGUAAAUAGAGUAAACAUCGUUAAUAACUGUUUGCAUCCGGUUAUAUUAGUCUGAGCGCACUUUGAUGCUUCUCCAGCUAGCUUAGCUUGCUAGUUAGCUUAGCUUGUUAGCUGCUAACAAAGAGAGGCGGAAGUGAUCAAAACACAUCGCUAAGCAGAGAUCAAGUGUGAGUGUAAAGUGUUGUGAUUGUGUGAAAAUGUGCGAAAGAACCAUAGCAGAGUACGAGGAGGAACUUUGUCCAACAAAAGAGGAGAAGGAGCGACAACAUCAAAAACAUCAAGUUGCGUUACACAGAACAGACAUCCAUCAGCGGAUUGGACACCAAGAAGAAUGUCUCCCUCAUCUGCAGGGGGACUGUUUCACUUCAGAGGAUCCACAGCCCUCACAUUUUAAAGAGGAAGAGGAGGGAGAGUGUCCUGUAGGGCAGGAGGAGGCUGAUCUCAGCAAGUUUCCACUGACUGUUGUCUCUGUGAAGACUGAAGAGCAUGAAGACAAACCACCUGAGUCCUCACAGCUUCAUCGCAGUCCAAACGUCUGUGAAGAGGAAGAGGAGGAACACAGCAUCAGUCAAGAAUGGUUGGAGAAGUCACAUGUGUUUGUGAAGAGUGAAGAUGAUGAGGUCAAAGGUGAGAGUGAGGAGAGGGGAGGGGGGGAGCCUCCAAGCAGCAGCUCAACUCAACACAUGACAACAGAAGCUGAUGGAGACCACUGUGGAGGAUCACAAGCAGACAAGCCUUUUUCCUGCUCAGAAUGUGGUAAACGUUUUGAAAGAAAUCAAAGUUUAAAUGUACACAUGAGAACACACACUGGUGAAAAACCUUUUUUAUGUCCAAUCUGCGGUAAAGAGUUUAAUCGAAGCCACCAUCUCACGGCACACAUGAGAACACACACUGGAGAAAACCCUUUUUCAUGUUCAAUCUGCGGUAAAGAUUUUAAUCGAAGGCACCAUCUCAGGGCACACAUGAGAAUACACACUGGAGAAAAACCUUUUUCAUGUUCAAUCUGCGGUAGAGAUUUUACUCAAAGGAACCGUUUCAAAAAACACAUGAAAAUACACACGGGAGAAAAACCUUUUUCCUGUUAAGAAUGUGGUAAACGUGUAGUUUAAAAGUACACGUCAAAACACACACUGGUGAAAAACCUCUUAUAUGUUCAGUUUGCAGUAAAAGUUAUAUAGAAAGACAGCAAUUAAAAUCACACAUGAGAACGCACUCUGGUGAAAAACAAUACUCUUGUUCCAGCUGCAACCAAAGCUUCGGUCACAUAAAAACUCUUACAGUACCCAUGAGAACACACACAGGUGAGAAAGUGUUGAGAUGCAGUGUGUGUGGUGAAAGAUUCUCUUCUAAGUCCCAGUGUAAGAAACACAAGUGUGCUGGUGAGAACAGCAGCAGCAAAUGAAGAUGCAGGAUUUGAAAUAAACUGUCAAAACUUUGUAAACUUUGACUUUCUAACAACAUCAGCACAUAUAACAUGUGUGACAUCAUUGUUGUGUGUGUAACACAAUCUUGUUAAUAUGAUUCUAACAUUUAUAGAUUAGACACUUCAGAUUAGUGCUUUUAUUUCUGUCAAGUACAUGAGUUAAUAUACACCUUUGUGUACUUUAAAAUGAACAGAACAAUUUAACUGAAAGGGUGAGAAUAAACAGUACAUAAAAGAUGUUACAUACAAUAAACUUUUAUACUUAUUCAUAAGAGUGUUUUAUAUGUUUUUGAAAUAAUAACAUGUUACAUAUUUUGUUUUCUAAUAGUAGAUGAUUCCAUAGAUCAGUGGUUCUCAACCUUGAAAAUGUUUUUAAUUCCAGCACCCCCUAUUCAGAGCAAAGCAAUUUUGGUUGAAAAAAAGAGAUAAAGAAGUAAAAUAAAGCAUUAUGUCAUCAAUUUCUGAUUUAUAAAAUUGUAUAACAGGAAUGAAUAUUCUUCAUUUUUGUUGUGGUCUUUCUUGAACUAUCUGGGGAAAAAAAGAUAUAAAAAUAACUAAAAACUUGUUGGAAAAUAAACAAGUAAUUCAAUUAUAAAUAAAGAUUUUUACGCAUAAAAGUAAUUAACUUAAAGUGCCCUCUUUGGGGAUUGUAAUAGAGAUCCAUCUGGAUUCAUCAACUUAAUUCUAAACAUUUCUUCACCAAAAAAUAAAUCUUUAACAUCAAUAUUUAUGGAACAUGUCCACAAAAAAAUCUAGCUGUCAACACAGAAUAUUGCAUUGUUGCAUUUCUUUUCACACUUUAUGAAGUUACAUUCAUAUUUUGUUGAAGUAUUAUUCAAUAAAUAUAUUUAUAAAGAAUUUUUGAAUUGUUGCUAUUUUUAGAAUAUUUUUGAAAAAUAUCACAUACCCCUUAGCAUACCUUCAAGUACCCCCAGGGGUACACGUACCCCCAUUUGAGAACCACUGCCAUAGUUGAACUCCUUUAUAUGAUGUACAUAUUUGUUUUACAUGUGUUCAUACUUUUGCUUUUGAGUACACAUAAAUCCCUCUUAGUUCAUAUUUACUGGUUCACAUCUGAAACAUCUUCUGGACCACUUCUGGAAGCAUAUUAUUAUUUACUUUAUACAUCAUUUGAACAGUUUUCUUUUAUACAAUUUUAAAAUGUGUGACUUUAUGGAUCAUUUGUUGGGUCUUUGUAAUCCAUUCUAUUAAUCAUCUUUAUUACUCUCUUGUGUAAUAUGAAUAUUGUUGUGUGAUUGUUUUAUAUGUAUGUCCCCAGACCUUUAUGCAAUAAACAAUGUAUGCUUCAACUAAAUAAAUGUAGUUAAUA